AUGUCAAUUAAUAAGAUCCACUCAAGAUACGUUUAUGACUCCAGAGGUAAUCCAACUGUUGAAGUUGAUUUGUUCACCAACAAGGGCUCAUUUAGAGCAAUUGUCCCAUCUGGUGCUUCUACUGGUGUUCACGAAGCUGUUGAAUUGAGAGACGGAGACAAAUCAAAAUGGUUAGGUAAAGGUGUUUUAAAAGCUGUUGCCAAUGUCAAUGACGUUAUUGCUCCAGCUUUGAUCAAGGCUAAUAUUGAUGUCACUGAUCAAGCAAAGAUUGAUCAAUUUUUAAUCGAGUUGGAUGGUACUUCAAAUAAACAGAAAUUAGGUGCUAAUGCUAUUUUGGGUGUCUCGUUAGCUGCAUCUAGAGCCGGUGCUGCUGAAAAGAAUGUUCCAUUGUACAAAUACAUUGCAGAUCUUGCCAAAGCUAAGCAAGACAAGUUUGUGUUGCCUGUUCCAUUCCAAAAUGUAUUGAAUGGAGGUGCACACGCGGGUGGGGAUUUGGCAUUACAAGAGUUUAUGAUUGCCCCAAUUGGUGCUAAAAGUUUCAGUGAAGGUCUAAGAAUCAAUUCUGAAGUAUAUCAUCAUUUGAAAACUUUGGCCCAAAAGAAGUACGGCAAAUCUGCUGGAAAUGUUGGUGAUGAAGGUGGUGUUGCUCCAGAUGUUCGUACUGCUCCCGAAGCUUUAGACUUGAUUGUUGCUGCUAUUGAGGAGGCUGGUCAUAAAGAUAAAGUUCAUAUUGCUGUUGAUGCAGCAUCUUCUGAAUUCUUCAGACACGGAAAAUACGAUUUGGAUUUCAAGAAUCCAAAUACCGAUGAAACGAAAUGGUUGGCACCUGAUCAAUUGUCACAGUUCUAUCUCGAUUUGUUGAAGAAGUACCCAAUUGUAUUACUUGAAGAUCCAUUUGGUGAAGACGAUUGGGAAGCAUGGAGUGAAUUUUACCCUAAAGUUGGAGGUAAAGUUGAAGUUGUUGCUGACGAUUUAACAGUGACCAAUCCAAUUAGAAUCAAAAAGGCAAUCGAAAAUAAAGCUGCUGAUGGAUUGUUACUUAAAGUAAACCAAAUAGGUACAUUGACUGAAGCUCUUCAAGCUGCCAAUGACGCAUAUGCAGCCAACUGGGGGGUUUUUGUGUCACACAGAUCGGGUGAGACUGAGGAUACAUUUAUUGCUGAUUUAGUUGUUGGUAUCAGAUCAGGUCAUAUCAAGACAGGAGCCCCUGCCAGAUCAGAACGAUUGGCCAAAUAUAAUCAACUUUUGAGAAUUGAAGAGGAGCUUGGAGAUAAGGCCAUCUACGCUGGUGAACAUUUCCGUACUGCAUUUAAUUUGUAA